GCCCUGAUAGUACUCAUGACACACCCAAUAUGGCGGCGCCACCUGUCCAUCCGGGCGCCAGCGGAAGUGCGUAUCAGGGGCGCCGAAAGUGAGGCGCAGCCACGCCCCUUACCGGGGUUUCUGUGGAGCUGUGGCGGUGCCGGCUUCGAGCAUCCCUGCCCUGGCAGGCUGGGGGACUACGAGACUGUAGCUCCGGCGGCCAGCUCCGGAGAGGACAUGUCCAACGAUGAUGCUGCUGCCCCCACAGCUGCAGAGGCAGAGGGUGACACCCACCUGCUGGGCUUCUCGGAUGAGAUCCUCCUGCAUAUCUUGAGCCAUGUCCCCAGCACAGACCUGGUUCUCAAUGUGCGGCGUACCUGCCGGAAGCUCUCAGCCCUGUGCCUGGACAAGAGCCUGGUGCACACUGUGCUGCUACAGAAGGACUACCAGGCCAGUGAGGACAAGGUGAAGCAGCUGGUGAAGGAGAUUGGCCGGGAGAUCCAGCAGCUGAACAUGGCAGGCUGCUAUUGGUUGUCUGGCUCCACCAUCGAACACGUGGCCCGCUGUCACAGCCUGGUGAAGGUGAACCUGUCCGGCUGCCACCUCACCUCCCUGCGGCUGUCCAAGGUGCUUUCAGCCCUGCAGCACCUGCGCUCCCUGGCCAUCGACGUGAGCCCCGGCUUUGACGCCAGCCAGCUGAGCAGUGAGUGCAAGGCCACGCUGAGCCGCGUGCAGGAGCUCAAGCAGACGCUGUUCACACCAUCCUAUGGCGUGGUGCCCUGCUGUGCCAGCCUGCAGAAGCUGCUGCUCUAUUUCGAGAUCCUGGACCGCACACGUGAGGGUGCUGUCCUCUCCGGCCAACUCAUGGUGGGCCAGAGCAACGUGCCCCAUUACCAGAACCUGCGUGUCUUCUAUGCACGCCUGGCCCCCGGCUACAUCAACCAGGAGGUGGUGCGGCUCUAUCUCGCCGUGCUCAGUGACCGCACGCCUGAGAACCUGCAUGCCUUCCUCAUCUCUGUCCCUGGCAGCUUCGCGGAGAGUGGGGCCACCAAGAACCUCCUGGACUCCAUGGCCCGCAACGUGGCCCUGGAUGCCCUCCAGCUGCCCAAGUCGUGGCUGAACGGCUCCACCCUCCUCCAGCAUAUGAAAUUCAACAAUCCCUUCUACUUCAGCUUUAGCCGGUGUACGCUGUCGGGUGGCCACCUGAUCCAGCGGGUCAUCAAUGGGGGGAAAGACCUGCGCAGCCUGGCCAGCCUCAACCUCAGUGGCUGUGUGCAUUGCCUGUCUGCGGACUCGUUGCUCCGGAAGGCAGAGGACGACAUUGACAGCAGCAUCCUGGAGACGCUGGUGGAGUCCUGCUGUAACCUGCACCACCUCAAUCUCUCAGCCGCCCACCACCACAGCUCCGAUGGCCUGGGCCGCCACCUCUGCCAGCUCCUGGCCCGGCUCUGUCACCUGCGUUCCCUCUCCCUGCCCGUCUGCUCUGUGGCUGACUCAGCACCCAGGCCUGACCGUGCGCCUGCCCCUCCGGCCAUGCAUGCUGUGCCCCGUGGCUUUGGCAAGAAGGUGCGCAUUGGGGUGCAGACCUGUCCCAACCCCUUCCUGGGCCAGUCAGCCCCCCAGCCUGCCUCUGUGUUCUGGUCUCUGCUGAAGAAGCUCCCUUAUCUGGAGCACCUGGAACUGAUCGGGUCCAAUUUCUCCUCAGCCAUGCCCCGCAAUGAGCCUGCCAUCCGCAACUCCCUCCCGCCUUGCAGUCGGGCACAGAACGUCGGGGACUCAGAGGUGGCUGCCAUUGGCCAGCUGGCCUUCCUGCGGCACCUGACACUAGCCCAGUUGCCAGGCAUGCUGACAGGCUCUGGACUAGUGAGCAUUGGCCUACAGUGCCAGCAGCUGCAGUCUCUGUCGUUGGCCAACCUGGGCAUGAUGGGGAAGGUGGUGUACAUGCCUGCUCUUGCUGACAUGCUGAAGCACUGCAAGCGGCUGAAGGACCUGAGGCUGGAGCAGCCCUAUUUCAAUGCCAACGCACAGUUCUUCCAGGCAUUGGGCCAGUGCUCGACUCUGCAGCGCCUGUGCCUGGUGUCUCGAAGUGGCACUCUGCAGUCGGAUGCUGUGCUGGACUUCAUGAACCGUUGCCUGCAAGUUGUUGUGUGUCACAUGUUCACUGGAGAAUCCCUCAUCACCUGCAAGAACCUGCAGCAAACACUCCUCCGGAGUUUCCAGGCUGAGAGGCCCGCCUUGAACGUCGUCAUCUUCCCCCUGCUCCACGAGGGCCUGACAGAUGUCAUCCGAGAUGUCCCCAUGGUGCACCUGGACGAGAUCACCUUAUUUAAAAGCAGAGUGGCUGAGGAGCCACCGAACCUGUGGUGGUGAGAGGGCAGCCUGGCUCCCCACCCCGCCACUCCUGCCAGCAGAGCCUCUUUUUGUCCAAGUUUCCACAAGGGUCCAAGAAGCCAGCGGACAGUGGGUCCUUGUUUUGUGACAGGAAGAAAGUUUCCAGUUGUUCUGAGACAUUCACCCCAGUCUCCCUGGGUUUCCUCUCACUAACUCUUAGGAGUACUUGGGCUCAGUGACGAGUGACGAGGUGGGCCAUGGAUGUGGAGCAGUGGUCGAGCCAUACUGGCCUUCAGGGCCUGGUCACACUCCCGGGGGCUUUGUGGGCUUCAGGCCUGGGGACUGUCCAUGUCAUCUAUAGUUGAGCUGUAUCCACAUGGGGUCAGGGUGGGCCGGGCUCUCACUGUGAAAUACCCACAAUGACAUCUGCGAGCCCGCGGCUCUUUUUCCUACUGAGACAGAUUUAGGACGUGGUCCACUGGUACAGCAUUCGCUUAGUGUGUUUGAGGUCCUGGGUUCCAUCCUACCACAAAGAAAAAGAAAAUGGUUUUUUUUUGUUUGUUUGUUUUUUGUUUUUGAGACAGGGUUUUCCUCUGGCUUUGGAGGCUGCUCUUGUAGACCAGGCUGGCCUCAAACUCAGAGAGAUCUACCUGCCUCUGCCUCCCAAGUGCUGGGACUAAAGGUGUGUGCCACCAACACCUGGCUGAAAAAAAAAAAAUGUUUCAACCCAAUGAUGUCUCUGGGAUGUUUCCAGCCCAAUGAUACCAGGGCCAGAGGGUUCCCUGGGGCAGCAACUGUAGGAUGGCACCAUCCCCAAGCAGAGCCUGAGGACUCGGUCCUGUAUCUCACAACCCCAUGGGAUUCUGCUUAAAAACUUUAGGUGCUGUGGAGGUCUGAAUGCUUCCUGAGGAGUCUACAACCACUAGCCUUGUUAGGAUAGCUAAAAACAGUAAAAGCCAGAAUGGGCACAGGAUGCUGGAGCAGGGAGCACAAACCUGUUUAGUCUUUACAAAGAUUCACUGAGAGCUGUGGGUAUGGCUUUAGUUUUUAUGCAGGGGCCCUGGUUUCCAUUCCCAAUGGCAUACUUCUACCUGGUGGCUGAAACCUGUAAUCAUAGCAUUCAGGAGGUCAAGUCAGGAGCUUACGGCAUCCUCAGCCACAUAGUUGAGGUAGAGGCUGGCCUGGGCUACAUAAGACCCUGUUUUAAUCUCAACAAUAAACAAACAAACAAAACAAAACAAAAACAAAAACAAAAAAAAAAAAAAGGAAAGUUGAGGGAGGACCCAGUGUCUGUGGCCUCACCUUGUCCCUCACACUAGUUAGACUGAGUUAGUACCCCCUAGAGGGGACUUGUGAGAGCCUGUGUGGUUGGACUCCUGCCUGGGCCUUUCAUUGGUGGGGCCCCAAUACACUGUGAUCAUUGGUCCAGGUAGCUUCCAGUAUGGACAUCUCAGUCCAUGCAGGCCUGCCAGGCUUCACCCACUGCUAGUGACCUUCAGAGACCCAGCCUGCUUUCAUUCUCUGUCUCCUUGGCAACAGGUCCUCCUAAGCUGUGGUUUCUUCAGCUUCCCUUCUUCAUAAGGAGCAGAGUGAGCUGGCUUCUGGGUGUGUGCCCUGUUGUCUCUGGCAGGUUAUGCCUGGCACUUGGAGCCUGGGGGCCUGGGAGCUUCUGAACUGGCUCUGGGGACAGUGUUAGGGAAACAGCCUUCAGUCCCAGGCCCCAGAUGUACCUCUGCCUGGCCCCCUGCUGUACCAAUCUCAGUGUUUACAUACGAGUGGUCUGCAGUGCCAAGCCCUUCCUUCUCAUCCAGUCUCUUGCCUGAGGGAGUCAUCCAUUCUAUACAGAGCCCAAGGUGCUCCCUCCCAGAGGGAUCCUUCUAUCUGUAGGCUGAUCCCAGGAGAUACCUACCCACCCCACACUCGGAGCCCUCACCUUCACAGACCUAAUGCAGUUUGAGAGAGUUAUGAACCUGUCCUAAGUUUUCUGGGCAUUGCAGGCCAUGGGACUGGCUGCCAAGGUUCCAGGGGGCACACUGAGGCCCCACAGCAGUAGACAGGGGUCCCAAAGGUGGUGGAACUCCAUGUCUUUAGAGCAUUAAACUGACACCUGAAAGCCACCAUGUAAGCUCUCCAGGACCAACUGCUGCUUGUCCUUCAAAUGAGAAUGUAGCUGUCACAGCCUAUGAGGGAGGCAGGCUGCUUGGAGGUAGCAGGUCCCAAGAGUCUUUGUGACUUCUUCAUUUAAAGGAAGCUCCACUUAGCUGGGUAUGGUGGCGCAGGGUUUAAUCUCAGCACCUGGGAGGCAGAGGCAGGUGACUCUAUGUGAGUUCGAGGCCAGCCUGGUCUACAUAGAAGCUCUGUCUCAAAAAACAACAAAAGAACACGAAUGUCAGCUCCGUUCAGACGGAGGAAAUCACCUUUCUGCUGGGAUUUUAUUCCAGAGGCCAGAGCUGUCCCUGUGAGUCCUGUGAAUAGACUUGGAGCCAGCAGUUUUAGCCAGUGGCAUCAUUUAUGCCCAGAGACUGGGCGGACAAGGAGAGACCUGGUCAGAGGAGCCUGGGGUACAGACUGCCUGAGGAAGCACCCUCAAGUGGUAGGCCUUGUAUUCUUAGCGUCUCCUGCAACAUUUCUUUGACUUCAAGUGAGAAUUUUCUCUCCUUCGCCACUGGGGACAGGAUCCACCAGAUGUCAAUAGCGUGCUUAUUUUUGCUAAGUGCUAUUUUGGCACUGGUGUUAAUCGCAAUUUAUAGCCUGCAGCAUUUGACGCUGGGAAAAGAACCCACCCUAAUGGUCCCCGAUUGGCAGGACUCGGCUGUUAAGUGGUAGACCAUAUGCUGCCUGCCGAGAAGACGGUGAGUGCUUGGGCCUGCGAGUGUGUGUGCCUGGUGUGUGUGUGUGUGUGUGUAUAUUUUUGCACCUGCAUGUGUGUGCAAGUAUACCUACGUAUGCCUGUGUGUAUGCACAUGAGCUUGCGUCUUCUGGUGUGUGUUCUCUGUGUUAGAGACAGUAGAAAGGAAGGAGAUGGGUGAAUGUAUCUUUGUAAACACAAUCCCUGACCUCCUCUGGCUGCCUGUGUCCCCGCCUCAGCCCAGCUGUGGCUGCUCUUGCCUCUACCUCCUGCUCCAGACCUUGUGUUGUUUGUCUUGUUUGUUUUGGUUUUUCAAGACAGGGUUUGUCUGUGCAGCCUUGGCUGUCCUGGAACUUACUCUGUAGACCAGGCUGCCCUCAAACACAUGGAGAUCCUCCUGCCUCUGCCUCCCAAUUGCUAAGAUUAAAGGCGUGCACCACCACUACCCAAGCAGCCCUUGUGUUUUAUGUCCUAUCUUUGAUGCCUGUCUCCUAACCCUGUGGCUUGACACAUACCAGCAAGCCAUUCUGGGCUCACCAAGUGGCUUUCCUCUUUUUCUCUCUUAUUAAAAUUCUACAUGCAUUGUAUGUGUGUGUGCAGGUCUGUGUGUGCCAGGGCCCAUGUGGAGAGGGCAGAGGACAAUCGUGGCUGUCUUUUCACCUUCCUUUUUUGUUUGAGGCAGGGUCUCUUGUUCGCUGUUGUAUACACUAGGCUAGCUGGCCCAUGAACUUCCAGGGAUUUCUGUGUUGACAGAUGUGUGCUACCAUGUCUAUCUUUGUGUGGGUUCUGGGGACUUGAACUCAGGUCCUCACGCAACAAGUACUCUACCCACUGAGCCAUCUCCUUAAUGUGCUUUCCUGACCUUCAUAGGGAGGAAUUUUAUUAGUCACAGUGAGGAGUGCUUUGCUCUUAUAUGACAGGGACAGGCUCUGUCCUGCCACUGACCCUUGGAGGCUGUGAGGUCUAGACUUGGUCUGGACACAGCCUGUGGCCAGUGGAGGGCUUGGCGCAGAUACUGAGUCCAGUGGAUGCCUCUCACAUUUGGGCAUUUAGAGCAGAUUCAGUGUCCAUCAACCAUAUCAGACCCAGAGUUAAAGCCUGUACUUUGCAAGAUGAUGGGGCUUGGGCUGAGGUAGGUCCAGAGGGGCCUGUGGGAAAGAUGAGCCCAAGUAGUGAGGCUGUGGGUACCAAGGGCCUGGCCUCCCAGCAAAGACAGGGUCUCAAGGAGGAUAGACAGCCACUCUAACACCCCUUCUAAGAGGUGCCAGCAUGCCACCUCUUCCUCCAGCCUUUGCUGUGACCUGCCCCUGUGAAAAUCUGGAAAUUGCUGAACGCUUACAAAGAAAAAAGCCAAGUGUGAUGGAGCGUACCUGUCAUCUCAGCCUGCAGGAGGUGGAAGCAGGAAGAUCAGGAGUUCAAGGUCAGCUUCAGCUAUACAAUGACUUUGAAGCCAGCCCUGGCUACACGAGACUAUGCCAGUAGAGAUGAGAGAGACAGAGAGAGAGAAUGAGAUGAAAUUCUGAAUGGGGUAUGAAGUAUGACACAGUGGGUCCUAUAUGCUGACCUCUUUUUGUGGGUGUGACCAGUUCAUUGGUACUUGCAAUUAUUAGUGGCAUCCACUGCAUUGUUGUAGGGGUUUUGUGACUGGUCUCAUCUACAUUUGGGGCUGCAGGGUACAAUAGAAGUUACUAGGUUCUAUGUUAAUACUGCAUGGGAGUCUGGACCAGCCGUGGGUCCUAUGUUAGCUGCUCAGUGGUUGCACCUUCAUCUCUUUGGAGGACCAUCAGUGGGUGGGCUUUUCUUUGAAUCAUUGGACUAGGAGCUUGGCUACACCUGCCCCACCCCAGCCAGACCUGGCAGGCUGCCAUAGGGCUGCCAGCAGCAGUGCUAUUCAGGGAGGCCAGGGUCCCUGAAACUGCUGCUGCUAAUGCUGGCCUGGGAUCUGCCUCAGAACCUGGGGGGGGGGACAGAUGGGGCAGACUCAAGUUCAGCCAAAACCCUGACCUCUGUGCUGAUGAGGUGAGGUGUUCACUGGUCCCUGUGCAAGGAAUGUGUGUACGAACAAGGGUUUCCAUAGCAGGAGUGUGCAAGCAUCUGUAUGUGUGUCUUGUGUGUGUGUGUGCACAAAAGCUUGUGUCUAGGUAAUGGCAUGAAGCCUCUCCUAUGCCACUUCUGACCAUGACACAUUGUGCAUGACUUUACCUGGCACCGUAUGAGUUGAGUGUUUUGGGGCAUGGGGUGUGGUGUGGCCUUGUGACCAGGUGCUAAGUGACCCCCCCCACUUUGAUGACUGACCGCCCUGACUCCUGUCUGUCUGGGAGAACUGCCUGUAGUUAGUAUCUGGUAGUGACACCCACUGCGAUGUCACUGUGGUGCUGACAAACUACAUUCUGAAUGGGCAUUUUUAUGUAAAUCUGUGGCAUGUGGAAAAUCAAAUAAAAUGAACUUAUUUGGAAAA